UGUAGUUAGGGACCAUAGAAGUAAACUGGAAUCAGUUUUCUUACGUGAAAAUGAGGGUAUUACUGACUGCUACGUGGCGUUCUGAGAGUUAGAUGCCACCUGAAAAGCAUGUAACCAGGUGUCAUCAGUAAGAACAAGUGAUUACUAACUUUGUUUCUUUUGUUGGGUGGCUUAGUAAAUGUCCCAACCAUCCUGUGAAAUUGGUAUAAUAUCUGAACUGUUUUUUUAAAAUAAUGCAAUGCUUUAAAAACCGAGAUUCAGGUUAGUAAAAUGGUAUGCUCAAGGCACAAGCUAGCAGGUGAUGGAGCUUGUAGUUAAAGACAGGUGUGCUUUAUUCCUGGUCUCAGAUCUUUUGUAGUAUUGCACCUGCCUUAAAACCAGAGGUUCCAGCACUGAGCAGACUGUCUUAUCCCCAAAUCCUAAGGGAUAAAAUUGCAGGUGAAUGCGGAUGGAAUCUCACCAUGUGGCAAAUGUAUUCUUAGGUACUUAGGGUCUCUUCAGCAUAAGUUGCAGGCCCCUCUUGCCCUGGCAGGCUGUGCAUUUUAUCUGAUACUCCUAAAUGAAUAUGAUUCCUAGGCCCAAAUCCCAGCUUCCUUGUAACAAAGCCUCUCGUGAGGUAGGAAGUAGGAGGCCUCUGAGAACAGGAAUCUUAUCUGCAAGAGAACGCCCUGCUGACCUUUGACUUCUCACCCAAACUUUUGAACAGAGGCGGAAGAGCCCAGAAAGGAGCAGGUCCUGAUUUGCACAGCCAGAAGCAGUUCCUGAUCCCUUUGCCCAGAAUGAGCCAGAUCUGGUGACGUAGCCAUCCCCGGGAGUCACCACAGGCUAUGUAACAGUGGAGAGUUUGAGUAAGGCUUGAGAAGAGUGAGGUGAGCUGGGUUGGUCCAGAGGGCUGACCAGCAAAGGCUGCUUCAUUAGAGAGUGUCAGGGCAUGGUGUGGGCUUGAGGCAGAACCAGCCAGAGGUGAGGAGACUGUCCCUACCUAUCCCUAAACGACCCCCAAGCCAUUCAUUCUCCAGUAGCUCUUUUCGAAUCUGUUGUAGCUCUCACACAUUGUCGUUCAUCACAUGUGACACUGGUGACAUCAUCCUGACCUCACAGAUCCCAGAAUGAUGGUUCAUGAAAGAUGUCUGUGGUUAUCGAUUUCUGACCCUUUUGAAAGCUUUAAAAAAAGAGAACCUGAGAGAGUCAGUGAAUUGUCCAGGACUGCCCAGUUUGUGACAGAGCCAGGAGGACAACAUAGUGCAGUUCGGUCUCUCACAGUUGAGCCUUCUCAAUUGUCUACACUCUCCCAAGAGCCACAGAAAAUGAACGAGUCUCAGGCUUCAGUGUCAUUCAAGGACGUGGCUGUGUUGCUGACCCAGGAGGAGUGGCAGCACAUGGGCCCUGCCCAGAGGACCCUGUACAGAGAUGUGAUGCUGGAGAACUACAGCCACCUCGUCUCAGUGGGAUACAAUUUUAUAAAACCAGAAGUCAUCAUCAAGUUGGAGCAAGGGGAAGACCCAUGGUUAUUAGAGGAAGAAUUUCAAAACAAGUGCUCCCCAGAAGUCUGCCAACUUGAUUACUUUGCAGAGACUUGCCAGAGAAACAAAGACAAACAUUUGUGGCAAAUUUUGUUGACCAACAGCAAUACACUGACUACAGAGGAAGAGAAACAUUCAAGAGCACCAUGUAAUCCAGGCAUUGGCAAUUAUCCUUCAAGAAAAUUGCACUAUAACCUUGACACCACAGUGCCUACUUAUAUGGGUCUUAUACCAUUGGAUCCACAUUUUAAUUCUUCAAGAGAGAAGGAUGAUGAGUUUAAUGUAUGUGAGAAAUGGCUCAACAUUAGGAAUGAGAGAACUUAUACUGAAGAAAAAUCUUGCGAAUGUAAUAAAAAUGUGGAAGUUCUUAGUCAUAAUAAGGAAGGUAUUCAGUAUCAGAAAAUUCAGACUUUGAAGCAAGCUUUUGAAUAUGGUGAACAUGGAAAACCUUUCCAUAAUGCAACUGCCCUCAUUACACUUAAGAGUGCCCACACAAAAGGAAAAUCUUAUAAUAAAUUUGGAGAAAGCAUACGUCAUAAAUCAACCCUUACUCUGUCACAGAACAUUCUCUUAGAGAAGAAUAAUUAUGAACUUAAUGGUUAUGAAUGUAGUGAAAAUAGGAAUAAUUUCAGUGGGAUCACUCACCUUCAGAGAAUGGACACAAGAGGGAAAAUUUUUAGCCAUAAACCACACUUGAGAGAACAUCAGAGAACCCAUACAGGAGUGAAACCCCUGGAACAUGGAAAAAACUUCAGCAAUGAUUCAGCAGUUACAGUACAUGAGACAACUCACACAAUGGAGAAUUCCUGUGAGCAUAACACAUACAGGGAAAACUUCAGCUCCCAGUCAGCCUUCACUGUACAUGAGAGAACUCAUACAAGGGCAAAACCCUAUGAUUGGAAAGAAUGUGGGAAAUCUUUUACAAAGUCAUACUUCAUUUUACAUAAGAGAAGUCAUAUAGGUAAGAAAACCUAUGAAUGUAAUGAAUGUGGAACAGUUUUCCUCUGGGAAUCAUUCCUUAAGACGCAUCAGAGAAUGCAUUCAGGGAAGAAGAACCCCUAUGAACAUAGUGAAUGUGAGAAUGUUUACAACCAGAAGUCAUAUUUCAGAGAAAAUCAGAGGACUGACACAGAGGAGAAACAGUAUGAAUGUAGCAAGUGUGGAAAAUUGUUUUGUAAAAAGUCACUCUUCAUUCUUCAUCAGAGGACUCACACAGGGGAGAAACCCUAUGUAUGUUUUGAAUGUGGCAAAGCUUUCAGCCAGAAAUCAGGCCUACGAAAACAUCAGGGGACUCACACAGGGGAGAAGCCCUAUGAAUGUAUUGAAUGUGGGAAAGCUUUCAGACAGAAGGCAGGCCUAGUCAUACAUCAGAGAAUUCACACAGGGGAGAAACCAUAUGAGUGUAAUGAAUGUGAGAAAACAUUCACCCACAAAUCACACCUCAGAGUACAUCAGAGAACUCACACAGGUGAAAAACCCUAUGAAUGUAAUGAAUGUGGGAAAAUUUUUAGCCAUAAUUCAAGUCUCAGAGACCAUCAGAGAAUUCAUACAGGGGAAAAACCAUAUAAGUGUCAAGAAUGUGGAAAAAGUUUUGGUGAUAAGUCAACCCUCAUACUACAUCAGAGAACUCACACAGGGGAGAAACCAUAUAAAUGUGAUGAAUGUGGGAAGACUUUCAGCCAGAAGUCACACCUCAAUGGACAUCAGAGAAUUCACACAGGGGAGAAACCCUAUGAAUGUAGUGCAUGUGGGAAAACUUUCAACCUGAAAUCAGGCCUAAGAAAACAUCAGAAAACUCACACAGGAGCAAAACCCUAUAAAUGUGAUGGCUGUGGGAAAUUUUUCAGCCAAAAAUCAAACCUCCGAGUUCAUCAUAGAAUACACACAGGGGAGAAACCUUAUCAAUGUGAUGAGUGCGGGAAAACUUUCCGCCAGAAAUCUAACCUCAGAAGUCAUCAGAGAAUUCACACAGGAGAGAAACCCUAUCAAUGUAAUGAAUGUGGAGAAGCUUUCACUGUGACAUCAGGCUUAAGAAGUCAUCAGAGAACCCACACAGGGAGGAAACCCUAUGAAUGCAAUGAAUAUGGGAAAACUUUCAGUCAGAAAUCAUAUUUUAGAGAUCAUAACAGGACUCACAUAGGAGAUUAAACGUGAACAUGGGAAAACUUUUAGUCAAAUUAAAUCUCAGAUAUAUCAGAAAAUACAGGAGAGAAACUAUGAGUGUAAUGAACGUGAACAUGGGAAAGAUCUCAAGAAGUCAAGACUUAGAAAAGAUUGAGAACUUGCACACUGGAGUAGUCCUAUGAAUAUAAUGCUCACGGAAAGUUCCUGUCCAAGAAAUCAGCCCUCACUAAACGUCAGAGAACUUACACACAAGACAAAUUCUUGAAGUGUACAUGGGCAGUUUUUUCAGACCGAGUUCAUUCUUCAUUGUAUAUCAGAGAACUCAAGAGAAUGUCGUAAAAAUACGCAGACUUUCUUCCAGAAACGAAACCUCAUUGAGCACCACAGAAAUCUCAGUGAAGGAAACUUAGAAUGUAAUUUGUUGGCCAAAAGCCAACUUCUUCAGUAUGACAGAAAAUAAAUACUAUAUCAAAACACACACAAAAGAAACCUUAUGUUUGGGAAUGGAUAUAGAAAAUACUCCUCUAAAAGGGAUUAACCCUCACCUUAACUUACACAUAGGUAAUUUCCAUGUGGUAUAUACUGACUACUUUGUCACCAGCCCUCUUCCAAGGCCCCCUCUUAUCCAAGUGGGAUCAUUUUACCAGUUCGUAGCUAGUCACUUUGAGGACUAAGGUGUACCUGACCCAAGCCAUGGUAUUUUCAGUCGCCUCCUAUGCAUAUGAAUAAGGAAGACCAAAGAAGAACGAUGCCUCUGAAUUAUGGUGUUGGCAAAGAAUAUUGAAUAUACCGUGGACUGCUAGAAAAAUGAACAAAUCUGUCUUGGAAGAAGUACAGCCAGAAUGCUCCUUAGAUACGAGGAUGGUGAGACUUCGUCUCAUAUACUUUGGACAUGUUAUCAGGAGAGACCAGUCCCUGGAGAAGGACAUCAUUCUUGGUAAAGUCAGUGAAAAAGAGGAAGACCCUCAACGAUUGUGGGAUGGCGGAGGACUGGGCAGUGUUUUGUUCUAUUGUACAUAGGCUCUUUUAUGAGUCGGAACCAACUCAACGGUGCCUAACAACGUCAGUGACAUUGUCUCCUGUCUCUGGUCAGAAUGGUCUCUCAGGGCAACCUUGAGAGUCUGCACUGAAUGCAGAUCAUUAUGAGGUGAAAGGAACCAGGGUCUAAGAAUAUGUGGAGAAGGCUUUAUUCCUCUACCUCUGAUACUUAAACUUUCUGUGAGGAAGAAAUAAACAUGUUCUCUGCUGAGAUGUUACCAUUUGGGUGUACUUGUUACUAACAUAUUGUAGCCAUCCCUCAGCUAACGCACCCUUGAAUAGUGACUUCUGUGAGAACUCAGCACUCAGUGUAUAUUACAGAUGCCACAAAGGACAAACACCUGACAAUAUCUUGAAUGAUCAUAAGCGUUUAUUCACAAGUCUUCAUUAUUAAUGAAAUAUAUGUAGUGAGAAAUCCAACAUUUCAAUAUAUAUAUGAAAGCCCUUACCAAGAAGUGAUGUCUCAUUAAAUAUCAGUUAAUUAAAGGUAUAAAUGUUUUGAAUGUGUGAAAGUUUUCAACAAACAUUCCUAUCUUAUUAUUUAUCAAUGAGUGUUCUGAGGGAAAAAUACUGAUUUGAGAAAUGUAAGUAAAAGCUUUUAUCUAGAAAUUGUUUUAUCAGAAUUCUUCAUGUAUACUAUCAGAACAUUUAAUAACAUAUAACAAAAUAUUCAUCGAUAUUCAUUAGAAUAAGAAACUUUUUAAUGGCCAGAAGAACUUGCAUAAUAGAAACAACAGCAUCAAUUUAUUUGUGAGUAUUCUGUAGUGUUUCUUAUGUGAGUAUGUAUGUGUGCAUACCACUUAGCUAUUUGUUUGGUAUGUGUAUUGGAACCCAGCAUCACUGUAGUAGAAUUAUGUUCCCUUCACUUAAUUAUUAUAAACUAUGAUUUCCCCCAAGUAUAUUAAUAACAAAUAAACUCUUGCGGGAAAAUAACUGAAAAGUUUAAAAUACCAUACCACAUCAUGUUAUCUUUUAGUAUGUGUGUACAUAUACAACUGGUUUGUAAAACAAGCCUGAUUUUAAGAGCAACUCUGAACAGUGGUGGUCAGCAAGAAAAGUAUCUCUUUCCUCAUAUUCCUGAUAUGUUCCCUGAGGUGCGUACAUAAACUGAACUGAUUAAAUCCUAAUUAUAACGCCUGCAGUAUCUGCAAGUUGUACUUCCUAUGACAGAGUGCCGUAUGGCGUACUGCGCAGUUUUCUGUCUGGUGUUGACCUAGUGGCUAAGAACAUGUACUUGGAGCCAGACUACCUGUUCUGAAAUUUUUAAUCCCUGUGGGACAUUGGGUAAAAAAAAAAAAAAAUUUUAAUCCCUGUUGGACAUUGGGUAGGUUACAUAAACUGUACCUUAGUUUCCUCAUUUGCAAAGUGGAGGUGAUGUCAUUUCCCUCAUCAGGUUAUUAUGAAGAUUAAAGUUGUUUAUGUAAAGUAAAUGGGAGAAUGGUAUCUGGUAAGUUUUAUGUAUUGUUAAGUAUUGUUAUUACUGCCACCAUCAUAAUGGCCAAUAUUUCUUGAAUUUGUGUGAAUAAAUGCUAAAAGAUUGAACAGAUUCAGUUGGUUGGCUGUCUAGGACCCAUCCCUACUUUUUCCUCACUAUCAGAGCAACUCCUCUCUUGGUGAUUCAGGGGUAAGACUUGAGCCUGGAUUAAGCAUGAAAAUAUACCUUCUGUGGAGUAGACUUUUAAACCUUUUUUUCAUUAUCACCCCCAAAGAACCCUUUCAGAUUUUCCUUGUUGCCUCCAACUCAAUAUUUUCGUACCAAAGAUGUCCGUCUAUAUACUGUGUUUCUACUUUAUACAUAAGGCUUUUUUUUUUUUUUUGGUCCCUCCUCC